AUAGAAUCUUGUUCGGUAUCACUAGCAACAUCUGUCGCAAAAAUUGAAUAUACUCCAGCAUUUGUAGGACCGAGAGAUAUUAUCAAAGUUAUUGAACUAAUGUGCAGGCUGUUAUCGGCGGAAGAGUUAUACUAUGAAAAUUACGGUUACCGUGGUAUCUUUGGAUGGCGUACAGCGCUACUGGUAUCGUUGAUGUUCGGUAUCCCAGUAAUGGCCAUUAUGAUUUAUUUUCACUGGUUUCGUCAUACCUCAAUGCAUCCCGAAGCACAAACCCCAGUAUUCACUGCUGCACUCAGUCUUGAUAAUCUCGUUUUAUUUCUUUUAUGCACACCUGUUCAAAUUUUUGGUGGCCAGUAUUUUUACGUACAAAGUUGGAAAGCAUUGAAACAUGGUACAGCAAAUAUGGAUGUUUUGAUUGUGCUUGCAACAACUAUUUCAUAUGCUUACUCAGUUGCUGUUCUUAUUGCUGCAAUUGCUUUUAGGUGGCCGAGCAGCCCAAUGACGUUUUUCGAUGUGACACCCAUGCUUAUUACAUUUGUUGCACUUGGCCGAUGGUUAGAGCAUAAAGCCAAAGGCAAAACAUCGGAAGCAUUGAGUAAGCUAAUGUCACUACAAGCAAAAGAAGCAACACUGGUGACGAGGGAUGAAGACGGCCGAAUCCUCACAGAACGGAGUAUCGAUGUCGAAUUGGUUCAAAGAGGUGAUUUGCUGAAAGUUCUCCCGGGUGCUAAGAUUCCUGUCGACGGGACAGUUGUGGAUGGAAAAAGCGCAGCGGAUGAAUCGUUCGUGACCGGUGAAUCAAUGCCUGUUGUUAAACGGCAAGGUAACACAGUGAUUGGUGGAUCAGUAAACCAGAACGGAGCACUACUCAUACAGGCCACACAUGUUGGCCAGGAAACAACUCUGGCCCAAAUAGUUCGGCUAGUUGAAGAAGCACAAACAUCAAAGGCACCAAUUCAACAAGCAGCUGAUCGAAUCGCUGGCUUUUUUGUACCACUGGUUAUUGGAUUGGCAACACUGACACUUCUUGUCUGGGCAUUUGUGGGAUUCUAUGUGAUCGACAUCGAAUAUGAAGUAGAGCAUUUACGGAGAAUUUCAUACUUAUACUCGUGGGAUAGAACAACACGACUGGAAGCAACACUGAAACGUGCUUUCGAAGCAGCAAUCACAGUACUGGCCAUUGCAUGCCCAUGUUCACUGGGACUGGCAACACCAACUGCAGUAAUGGUUGGCACAGGCAUUGGCGCCGUUAAUGGUAUACUGAUU